GUUACCUAGUAGGCACAGGACUCUAUACUCCGUACACCAAGGUCUCUUGUUAUUUCCCUACAAGUCUUCUCAUACGAGGGCAUUUCAGGACGGUCGAGCUCUUCCGGGUGAACUCUACGAUGAAUCCUUCCCCUCUUCGGACGCUCGUCUCCCGUCGACUCUGCACUUGCAGAAGCCACCAUCAUCCAGCAUCAGUGGCCAGACUGUUGUCCUCAAGCAGUAGACUCAAUGCCUCUCAUACUCCCCCAGCUCCGUCCUACGGUUCGGCCGAGUUGCUUCGCCGCCGCUACCAGAAGCGUAGCACGCCAGAUGUGGAUGCAAAGACAGAAAGAGCAAGGACGAUCAAACGCAUGAAACUGUCUGGCUACGGAAUCGCGGCUUGCACCCUAGCCAUCAUUGGCACGAUCGCUCUAUACCCUCAAGAUGCUCAGAGUGACAACAAGCCAAACACUAUAAAGCUCGACGCGCCUCCAUCUAUAGCCGGCGCUCUUGACAAGGUCGAAGUCGAGCAAGUCCCCACCGGGACUUCCACGAUCCCUACGUUCCCUCGCACCGUUCACAUAUCGACCGACGCACCGAGCUCGACACCGGCAGCGGCCAACGAGGGCACCCAACCCGACGUCGAGUACCAGCUCGUCGGCCUGGGUAUUCGUACCGUGUCACUCUUGAGCAUCCAGGUGUACGUCGUGGGCAUGUACAUCGCCACGUCCGACAUCGCGGCGCUGCAGGAACGCCUGGUCCACGCCGUGGCCGAUCCGGUUGCCACGACCCUGGUGCCGGAAGAGAAAAGCAAACUCAAGGAAUUGCUUCGGGACCCCGAACGCGGUGAAGACGUGUGGAACGAGAUCGUCAAGGACGCCGGCAUCCGCACCGCCUUCCGCAUCGUGCCCACGCGGAACACGGACUUUAUGCACCUGAGGGACGGCUUCGUCAGGGGCAUCACGGCACGCAGUGCGCACUUUGCCAACGACAAGAAAGACACCACGUUCCAGAACGAAUCGUUCGGAGAGGCAAUGGGGGAAUUCAAGAGUGCGUUCGGUGGCGGCGCGAGGCGUAAGCUGGCCAAGGGUGAAGUGCUUCUCUUGGCGCGAGACGCUCAGGGCAAGAUGACCGUCUGGGAGGAGGACAAGCAAGGCCACAGGGUCAAGAUGGGGACCGUUACGGACGAGAGGGUCGGUCGACUGCUGUGGUUGAAUUACCUGGCCGGCAAGAAUGUAAGCAGCGAGCCUGCUCGCCAGAGUGUCAUCGACGGCGUUAUGGAUUAUGUGGAACGACCGGUGGGCACGGUCGCCACACAAGUUGUAUGAAUGACCAAAAGGAAAAAGGAGAUUGUGGUAGAUGGCGUCAAUAGCAGGUUGGCUGGCGGCGUCAUACAGAGAAAGUGCUCACGGUACCUGCAAUUUGUACAAACAUUAUCUGGCCGCCGAUGCGGUUGUAUGAUAUAAGAUAUUCGCCACUUGUUUCGCGACCGUUCGUGAGGCAUACAGUAUGACUUCGAUUCAAUCCAAAGCAGUCUGGACCCGAUAGCAAUGGCUAACGUGACCUAUUAACGAGAACUCACCGGGCGUUGUCUUAUUAUCAUUCCAGGAAUGUUCACGAAUGGGUGCGGGGGGACUAAACACAGGGACUUUGUUGAAUAGGUGUUGAAUUGUGUUAUAUUUUCAAUUUUUGUAUGUACGAUCGAAGCUCAUCCGUAU